AUGCGACCAUGUCUGUGGGCAAACAGGAGCAUCGCUGGACUCUUCAGUCGCUCAAGGCCUCACAGUGCGACGUCUAGCUUCCAAUUCGCCUUCUCAGGCGCGCGCAAAUCCUUGAGCACCACCGCUCGCCUUGCUGCAUCCCCCAAAGUCCAAUCUCCCUUGGAGGAACGAGUCUCCAAAAUCCCCAUUGAGCGAUUUCGAAACUUCUGCAUCGUCGCUCACGUCGAUCAUGGCAAGAGCACGCUCAGCGACCGACUCCUGGAGCUCACAGGCACGAUUGAGCCUGGAGGCAAGAAGCAGUUUCUGGAUAAGUUGGAUGUGGAGCGAGAAAGAGGUAUCACGGUCAAGGCGCAGACAUGCUCCAUGAUUUACAAUCACAAUGGAGAGGAUUACCUCCUGCAUUUGGUGGAUACGCCUGGACACGUAGACUUCAGGGCGGAAGUGAGCAGAAGCUAUGCCAGUUGUGGCGGCGGUACGUCUGCACGGCAAUGAAGUUCAUCUUCCUAUGCUGACGUCUACUUGUAGCUCUCCUCCUCGUCGAUGCCUCUCAAGGAGUCCAGGCGCAGACCGUCUCCAACUUCUACCUGGCGUUUGCACAGAAUUUGGCUCUAGUGCCUGUACUGAACAAGGUGGACCUUCCCUCUGCCGACACUCAGCGCGUCCUGGAACAGCUUCGAGACACUUUCGAAGUCGACUCCUCGAAGGCCAUCUCUGUCUCCGCGAAGACCGGGCUUAAUGUCGAGAAGCUAUUGCCGACCAUCGUGGAUCAGAUACCGGCGCCGGAAGGAAGGGAUGACGCGCCGCUAAAACUUCUGCUGGUCGACAGCUGGUAUGAUAACUACAAAGGAGUCAUACUUCUUGUCCGGAUCUUCGAAGGCAAGGUCAAAGCUGGCGAUCGCCUGGUGUCGUUUGCCACGGACCUGGAGUAUAUUGUUGGUGAAGUGGGCAUCAUGUAUCCGCUGGAAACCCCUCAAACUUGUCUCCGUGCAGGUCAGGUCGGCUAUAUCUAUUUCAACCCUGGCAUGAAGCGCUCAAAAGAAGCCAAGGUCGGCGACACGUAUACGACAGUCGGCAGCCGAGACAAGGUUAAACCACUGCCUGGGUUUGAGGAACCGCAAAGCAUGGUCUUCGUCGCUGCUUUCCCGACAGACCAGGGAGAUUAUGCUCAUCUCGAGGACAGCAUCAACCAAGUCACUCUGAACGAUCGUGCUGUAACGGUCACUAAGGAAAGUAGUGAGGCUCUGGGCGCGGGGUGGCGGCUGGGCUUCCUGGGAACGUUGCACUGCUCUGUCUUCGAGGAUCGCUUGCGUCAAGAGCAUGGAGCGAACAUCAUCAUCACACCUCCCAGUGUGCCUUUCAAAGUCGUUAGAAACGAUGGCAAAGAGGAGAUCAUCAGCAACCCGAACAAAUUCCCGGAAGGGCAAGAGAUUCACUCACACGUGGCUUCACUGGAGGAGCCAUACGUCUAUGCGACCAUCACCACACCAGAGGAAUACUUGGGAAAGGUCAUUGAAAUGUGUGAGGGGAAUCGUGGGCAGCAAGAGUCGUUGUCAUUCUUUACAUCUACUCAAGUCAUCUUGAAGUAUCUCCUGCCACUCGAGCGUCUCGUAGACGACUUCUUUGGCAAGCUCAAAGGCGCUACCAAGGGCUAUGCUUCGCUCGACUACGAGGACGCCGGCUAUCGCAAAGCCAACAUCAUCAAACUCCAGCUUCAUGUGAACAAGGUGCCCGUGGACGCCGUUGCUCGAGUUGUCCAUCAUUCCGAAGCUGCUCGGAUCGGAAAGCAAUGGGUGGCCAAGUUCAAGGAACACGUGGACCGACAAAUGUUCGAGGUUGUGAUUCAAGCUGUUGCCGGUCGACAAGUGGUUGCUCGCGAGAGCUUGAAGCCGUUCAGGAAGGAUGUGCUCCAGAAGCUGCAUGCUGCAGAUGUGAGCCGGCGGAGGAAGCUGCUGGAGAAACAAAAGGAAGGUCGCAGGAAACUUCGAGCCGUUGGCAACGUGGCGAUCGAUAACAAGGCCUUCCAGGCCUUCCUUGCCAAGUAG